GAUGUCUGUGAAGCUGCAGUUCGACUCUCCGUCCGACGGAGGUUUGAUUCACAGGAGUCGCUCCUUCACUGGGUUCAGCUCGCUGACUGGACGCCGCCGGGAGUCGUCGUCUGUCCGCAGCUCCGUCCGCUCCAAGUCCAUCACAGGAGCUAAAUCUCCCAGAAUGCACUUGUCUCCCAGCAGAGGAGGCGGGGCUAUCUGGUCUCUGCAGCCGGAUCAGGUGGACAAAGUGUUCCAGGCGCUACGCAAAGGACUCAAGGAGUUUCUGGAGGGUCACCAGGCUGAGAUGGACUUCCUGUCGUCGCAGCAGAGAGAGACCAAGAGAAACUCCAGACUGGCCUUUCUCUACGAUCUGGAGAAGGAGAUAAGAGCGUUAGAGAGAUACAUACGGAGACUAGAGUUCCAAAUCAGUAAGGUGGAGGAGCUGUAUGAGACGUAUUGCAUCCAGUGGCGUUUGUGUCAGGGAGCUGUGAACAUGAAGAGAGCGUUCUCUUUGUCCCCGUCCAGCCGAGCGUCCAGAGACAGCCUACUGGAGCUCAACCGCAACCACAGACACAGCCUGCAGGACAUGUCAGCCAUGGAGGGUGAGUUAGAGAUCCUCCUCGGAGAGCUGCACAUCAAAAUGAAGGGUCUAAUCGGCUUCGCUCGGCUCUGCCCCGGAGACCAAUACGAGGUUGUGGUGCGGUUGGGUCGUCAGCGAUGGAGGAUCAGAGGAAGGAUCCAAUCAGACGACACGCAGUCGUGGGACGAGGAGGAGAUGGUCUUCCUCCCGCACUUAAACCAAAACUUUGAGAUAAAGGUAUCGGAGGCAAAGGGUUUGGGUUGGCUGCUGGUCGGCAUGGUGACGUGUGCGAGCGCUGACUUCUUCAUGGCGAGGCCUCAGCUGAUGUUGGUGGACAUCACGGAGCUGGGAACCAUCAAACUGCAGCUGGAGGUCACCUGGAACCCCUUCGACAGCUCUGAGAAGAUAAGGCCACUCUCCGUCAGCAGACAGUCUGUGUCCAGCAGGAAGGGUUCCGUUUACAGCUGGACGGCCCCGAGCACGCCGUCCUUCUCCGAGAAAUACUUCAUAUCGAUGGUUCGAGAGUUGAGGGAUGAAGAUAGCUCGCUCCCAUCUCUGCUGCCAAACAGUCGACACAACAGAGGGGGCGUGUCCCUGAUCAGCUACCUGUCAAACCCCUCACACACCUCCAUGACACCCAACCACAGCCCUCAGAGCCCCUACAUGCUCAGUCUGACGCGGACUCACAGCUUCCCCUCCAGCCACAGUCAGGGCACCAGUCUGGGGGGGAGUCAGACUCACCUGUCCCUGGAGGAGGAGGAGGGGUCUAUGGAGGCGUCUGUGGAGGAGGAAGAGGAGGAGAGGAGGAAAAGGAGAGAGGAGAAGGACGGAGAGGAGGAGUGGAGUGUGUUAGAUACUCUGUCUUCACCUGCAGAGAGUAAAACAGGAUCUCUGCUCGCCCUCCACAUGUCGAGCACUCCCGACAUCCUCAGAAAGAACACGACUGAACCAGAAGCAGAAACCCGCAGCGCAGCGUUGAGAGCUGACUCUGUCUGUGUUCAGGACUCUCCAGAGUGUCAGUCCUACUCCGUCCCUGUCUCGCCCUCACCUCCAGCUGUGACCCCUCCCUCACCCACCACAGAUGCUCCACCCCCUUGGAGGCCAGGACCCAGCGCGGCCCAGCGUAGGGCCCAGGCACUCAGACUGGGAGCCCUGAUCUCAGAGCUGGAGAGAACUUUACAGAACCAGAAGAGCUCGGAGAAAGAGCUGAGAGCGCUCGACCACCAGAUACUUCAUCUGGCUACCAUACUGAAGAACGACCUGUCCCUGCUGAAGAGUUCUUCGUCAGAGGAAACGCUCGCCGUGGAGGAAGUCCUGGGUAGCUUUGACUUCCUGUCCCAUGACUUCAACGCUGAUGAUGACACUUCCUGUUUGGGCAGCCUGAGGCUUAAAGACAGCGGCAUCAGCUCCUUCCAGCAGAGCACUCUGAGGAGUCUGGGCCCCCUCUCCACCAGGAGCCAAUCAGCUUCGGAGGAGGAGCUGGCCUUCGCCCCACUGACUUCUGGGAACUGGGGUUUUGACCAGGCUCUGGAGACUCACCUGGAUAUCUGCUGCAUCCUGCUCCAGAUGUUGAGAGCGACGGACUUCCCUCCGUCCAGACAGGAGUUGCUGGAGGAGACGAGCCUGCAGGCUGAAGUCCUGGACCGAGUGAGCGGUCUGCUGCUGGAGAGGAACGACAACAUCUCUGCAAAAGACAUCCUGCCGAAGCCACUGAGAACGAGGGACGUGCUGCUGUUCUGGGACGAGUGUGUGAACGACAGCAGCUCUCCUUUCUGCUGCAGCUCGGACACGUUCUGCAGGACGCUGAGGAAACGUUACACGCACAAGGUGAAGGCCAAGCAGCCCGGGCAGUCAGAGAAAGUGUUCUCUCAGCUCCGGCAGCAGCUGCAGACGGUCUGUCGGACGGUUCCCGCUCCUCUCUUCCAGCUGUCCGUUUAUCUGAAACGCUGGAAACAUCACGGUGCUCGAGAUCACAUCUCUCGUCUUCCCAGAGAAG